AAUAAAAUGAGAGGGACUAGGUGGGACAUUGGGAUGAUAGUGGAGUGAAGCGGAGUGGAGUAGAGUGGAGUGGAGUGGAGUGGAGUGAAGUGAAAGAGGUGUAGUGGAUUGGAUUGAUGGUAGAAGUGAGGUUAUGUCGAAAAAUUAUGAUUAGGGUAGACAUUGGAUGGAUGCGUCAUGGGGUUGUUUAGCCACGUUUUACACUACGAGAUUGAUUGUGCGCGCGAAAACUAUCUCUUUGUGCGUGUAUAUACGUGCCUGCGUGCGCGUCCGCACGUGUGUGUGUGUGGUGUGUGUGUGUGUGCGCACAUUUAUACAAGAAGGGGAGAGGGGAAUGAGUGAGUGAGUAAGUGAGUGAGUGAGUUAGUAAGUAAAAGUGUGUGUGCGUGCUUCUGUGUAAGUGAUCGACUCUACAGUCGUGGCCCCAUGGACGGGACUUUGGAAGAACCUCCUGUUAAGGACUCUUCUCAGAACAAUUCUGACAAAGUGUCAAAAGACAUGGUCAUUCCAAAUGGUGUCAAUGGAAAGUAUGGUAGUACUGAAAAGGAAGAAUUUCCGGACUCUGACAGUGUCAAAACGUCGAACGAGACUGUUAGUAAACGGAAAGAAGAAGAGGAGGAAGGGGAAGGGGAUGGGGAAGAGGAAGAAGAUGAAGAUGAGGACGAAGAGGAAGAUGUUAUGGACAGAAGACACUUUGAGCACGAAGAAAGGGAUAUGCAAUCGGAAGAUAGUGAGCAAAAUGAAUCGAGAAAGAAUAGGAGUAAGGGGGGUUGCUUAUACGAGUCAAGAAAUGACUCCAUGGUUUCAGAAUCUUCCGAUGGUGUCAGUGAGAUGAACGAUACUAGUGAAGUGUCUAGAAAUGAAGAUAAGUGUCUAAACACAUCUCGUGAGGCUAUGGAUGUUGAUGAACAGAGUAAUAACUCUGACGUAGAAUGUUUGGAUGAGAGCAUCACGAGAGUACGAAUGGAUAAUGAUGAUGUGUUCACUUUAAAAAAAUCUAACAUAAACGAGGGUAAAGAUUUGUCAUGUAGUAGUAACGUUCAACAAUCAAAUGAUUCUGCUGAAAUUGUAGAAAGCAGUAUGGAUACAUCAGAUGUGAAGAUAUGCGAAGAAAAUGGAAGUUGCGAUAGUCCCGAAAUAGAAGAGAUAACAGAUAGUGCAAAGAAUAAUAAUGGUCUAAAUACAACUCAAGAACGUACUGUAAAAGAUCCUACUAAACAAAAAAAACAGAGAAAGCAAAUAGAUCUUAGUAGUAUUACACCUAGAAGAAGUUCUCGUAAUAUUAAAAGAACAAGUUAUAUAGAAAGAGAAGUUGAAGAAGAAGCGGAGGAUGAUGGUUCUGAUAUAGAGGAAAUUAAACCUGAAGAUCCAUUAGCUGGGAUAGAUAGUAAAGAUAAAGAGAAUUCUAAAUUAAAGUCACCGUCGAAAAAUAGUAAAACCACUAUAGUGGUCAAUGAUACUAAACGCUUAGUAGAAAUUGCUGCUGGAAGUAAGUCCGUCAAAGGUGGCAAAAAGGAACCUACGUUAGUUAUAAUAGAUACAAACUCCAUACUUUCAGGUCGUGGUGGCCUUCCUGUUGGUAACAAUAAACCACACCAUACAGUUUCUAAUCCCAGUUCUUUCUCAGUCGUACCAAUGAAUAUGACUACACAAACGAUGUAUCCAAAUAUGAGAACAACUAUUACACCUGUACCCAUGACAUCUAAAGCUGCACAAUUAAGUCCCAAGCCAAGUAGCAUGACUACAGUUACUCCUCCAUUGCCACCUAUAUUACCAACUUUAACCGAUGACAUGUUUGUCGUGGAAGCACCAUCUUUUAUAGUACCUUAUGUAUAUGAAAAACCACCGUUAAAGCCAUUGAAAGAAUUUGUUUCUAAAUUAGAAAAAAGCAUAGAGGAUAAACAAAAGGAGGAUAUGUUAAAAAAGAUUACAGAUGAUAAUAAAGAUAAUCAGGAUAUUAAUGAAGAUUCAAUGGAUAUGAAUAAAAAGAUAGAUAGUAGAAACCAAGAAAGUGAAAAUGAUGGAAGUUUAAGGUCUAAAAAGGACGGAGAUGAUAGUGGAGGGGAUAUGAUGGAUACAAUGGAAUCCGGUAUUUCAAAUAUAAGUGACAAACAUGAUAUAAGGCAAGAUGAUAGGAAUAAAGUAAUUACUUACUUUGAUUUACCAUUGGGAAAAUUUUUUAUGCAGAUUGGAGUAAAUCUUGUUCAGGAAUAUGUGCAAACUGAUCUAUUACGGACUCAAAAACGUAAACAGGGCAAAGGUAGCACAUCUGCGGAGACACAAUUAGCUAUAAAUUCACUCAUCAAGAAUUUAGAAUUUAGUAAGGAAAAUAAUGAACCAUUCCACUUAGAAAUGAAAAAAUGUGAAUUCUGUAGUUUUAAAACGGAAUCUACAUUAGUAAUGCAGCAUCACUUAGAAACUCCUCAUAUGCGCAAUUACGUCUACAAAUGUAAUUUUUGUCCAAUGGAAGUUCGUAGUCCUCAUGAUAUAUUAUUCCAUAUGGAAGCAGAACAUAAUACUCGUGGUCGAUUGGAACGUGGUCCAGCUUUUCAUCAAUGUCCUAAUUGUCCAUUUGAAGAUAACCAAAAAGGGAAACUUACACGGCACAUUCUUGCUUGCUCUAAAAAAUUUAGACCAGAACGAAAUUUGGAACCUGCCGCCGAUUGGGAGCCACCAGCAAAAAUUCCAAGAUUAAAUCGUGCACGUCCAGUUGGUCCAACUAAUCCUAAUGCUCUUGCUAUGGCUAUGAGUGCCAAAGGUCCACAACCACUUUUACCGAAAUUACUUCCAGCGCCUAUUACAGGUCGUGGAAGAGGACGUCCACCAAUGCAGCCUAGAUAUUCUGAUAUGAAAACAUUACGACCUGGUGGUGGUACUACUAUGCGGCAAGAUAAUGUUGCAGGCAUGAUGUAUCGACCAACAUCCUCUGGCCUAUUAGUUCCCGCUUCGUACCAAUUUGGUAGUAAUCAAUUGUUUCAGGUGGUGGGUGGCUCUGGGACUGUCAUGUCGGCUGUCUCGGGAGUGAGUAGCAGUAGCGGCGGCAGUUCCGGUCAACCCACACCCAUUGCACUUGUACCCAACGUAAUCGACUCUCUGUCUAGGUUGUCCUCAUCACAGAACACAACGGCCAGUACAAAAAAUCCUACGGCAAAGUUAUUAAGUCAACCGAGUAUAUCUAUAACUCCAUUACCACGUACAACAUCUCAAACCUCCAUUCCUGGUUCGGGAACAUCAUCAAAAUCUGGAGGGAAAAAUACAUUUGUUAUAUGUGAAAUUUGCGAUGGUUAUAUUAAGGAUCUCGAGCAACUAAGAAAUCACAUGCAAUGGAUUCAUAAAGUAAAAAUACAUCCAAAGAUGAUUUAUAACAGACCUCCAUUGAACUGCCAAAAAUGUCAAUUUCGAUUUUUCACAGAUCAGGGUUUGGAAAGACAUUUGCUUGGAUCUCAUGGACUCGUUACGUCCAGUAUGCAAGAAGCAGCAAAUAGAGGAAAAGAUGCUGGUCGUUGUCCAGCUUGUGGUAGAGUAUAUCAAUGGAAGCUAUUAAAUCAUGUUGCACGGGAUCAUGGAAUGACAUUAAAACCCGCGCAUUUAUCAUAUAAAUGUACAGUAUGCACUGCCACAUUUGGAAUGUAUAAACAAUUUGAAAAUCAUGUAUACUCAGCGCACAGCGUUGUAGCCAAGAGAGUAAUGGAUAAAAAGAAUACUCCGUCGUCACCGUCAUCAAGAUCAAAUGACUCUCUUUUGAAACCUUUGAAGAUAAAUGACGAAAUAACAAUAAUUCCACAACCAGCAAAACCUACAACUAGAUCUGGCACAUCUCAGGGCAGAAGCAAAUAGCAAUGAUCAGCAGAGUGAUACGUGUGUCCUUGUUUAACAGAAUUUCACGUAACUCUGAGUUGGUACUCCCGAUAGGCGAUCACUGAAAAUAUUUUCUUUUUUUGCAGUGAUCAAGACGUGCCGUGUACAUGCGUAUGCAUAUUAAACUAUGCUUAAGAUGCAAUUACCGACACUAUAAAAAAGAAAAAAAGAAAAAAAGAAAAAAAGAAAAAAAAAAGUAAAAAAAGAAAAAGAAAGGAAGAUAGAAA